GGGGGCAGGAAGGAGAGGGUCAGGGACCGGGUAGGCCACCAGUCUUCUCUUUGCAGACUGAAGGCACCUGGCUGCAGAAGGAUCUCUGGACCUACCUGGCCUCCGUCAAAGCCAUGCACGAGGCCUCCAAGAAGCUGAACGAGUGUCUGCAGGAGGUGUAUGAGCCCGACUGGCCCGGCAGGGUUGAGGCCAACAAGAUCGCAGAGAACAAUGACCUGCUGUGGAUGGAUUACCACCAGAAGCUGGUGGACCAGGCGCUGCUGACCAUGGACACGUACCUGGGCCAAUUCCCCGACAUCAAGUCACGCAUCGCCAAGCGGGGGCGCAAGCUGGUGGACUACGACAGUGCCCGGCACCACUACGAGUCUCUGCAAACCGCCAAAAAGAAGGAUGAAGCCAAAACCGCCAAGCCUGUCUCGCUGCUUGAGAAAGCCGCCCCCCAGUGGUGCCAAGGCAAACUGCAGGCUCAUCUCCUAGCUCAAACUAACCUGCUCCAAAAUCAGGUGAUGCUGGCUUCUAACCUUGCACGUGCCGGUGCCUUCCGGUCUGUGGUCCUGCCCUCUCGCCCUGCGCCACCGGGAUGCAGGGCUGGUGUCUGAGCCCGGCAGGCCGGGCAGGGUGUUUUCAAAGGCCUCUGCUGGGAGAGCUCCUGCUUCAGAGGAGACCUGAAGUCAAAUGGAGGGGUCAGAGAACCGGCUGAGGGGCUCCGUGUGACCUGGGUGGGGACAUACGUGUGCCCGCUUUUCAGCUGCAUCUGUGGUCAUUCCUGGAGACUCCUCUGAGAUCCUAGGUGCUCCAGGCAUGCCUUUGAACCAUUUGCCCUCUGUGAGGGCUCCUUUGGGGAGGGAGGUGACAUCAUCAGGCCCCUGUGCUGCCAUGCCUGUCUCCUUCAAGCCUCAUGACAACUCUGAGAUCAUCUUGAACUUAC